AUUAUUGGUCUAAGUGAUGGGUUGACAGUUCCUUUCGGGCUCACGGCCGGAUUGUCUUCUUUGGGGUCUUCGAAAUUAGUCGUGGUCGCAGGCCUUGCUGAGCUCAUUUCAGGCGCCAUCUCCAUGGGCAUCGGAGGCUAUCUCGCUUCAGAAGCAGAGCGAGAUCAGUUCCGCUACAUGCAAAGAAAGAUUAGAGCUCGUGUCGCUCGUUCGACUCCACAACAAAUGGAAACCAAAGUUGACGCAAUCUUGGCACCCAUGGGAAUUCGAUCUGAUAUUUCUAGCGCCGUUGCCUAUGAUCUACUCCAAGCAGGCUCAGAGGAUGCAGGCAUGACAGCUUUCCUUUUGAAGUUUGGAGAGGGACAAGAAGAAGUUCCUACAAUCCGUCUGUACAUAUCCGCUUGUACCAUAGGUAUCGCUUAUUUCUUAGGUGGUCUCAUCCCAAUGGCCCCAUACUUUUUUGUUGAAAAGGCUCGAGACGCGUUAGGAUGGAGUGUCGGGGUGAUGACAAUUACUCUCAUCAUCUUUGGGAUUCUCAAGGUAAUGCUC